AUGGAACAGGGUUACAGAUUUACCCAUCCACAGGUUUUGUUCCGGAGAGAGUGCAAAGGUCGUUUUCUCCAGAUGAAGCGUUUCCUGACGUGCGAUGAGAGGCCGGCCGAUGAGCUGCCCAACUUGCGGGAGUUGUGGGAGGAGGAGACAGAUGGGAACCACGUAGAUAAGACCAUCUUCAUCUCCCAUUUCGGAAAUUCUGGAGCGCACAAUGGACUUGUCCAUGAUGAGGUGGCGAAUCUAUUUGAGCUCGACGCCAACCUUACCAUCAACGACUGCAUAUUGACGUGUGACGCCAUCUUUGAUUUAGGUGUGGCUGAAGACGAGGCAGAGAUAGACAAGAUCUGCGGGCACCAGUGUACAUGGCUCAUCCUGGAGAAAGUCCACCAGUUGACCUUCAAGAGACGGUACGAACUGGGGAUUGAUAUCGCAGUCAACGGAGCUAAGCAGUAUGCUAACUGCGAUAAUUUCACUCUCUUUGGAGAAGCAGAGAACUACAGAAUCCGGGUAUCUGGAAAUUCGGGUAAUUCAUCUGCUGGAUUCGCCUACCACAAUGACCGGCCUUUCACAACCAAAGACCGCGAUAACGAUGCGAAAAGUGCCAACGACUGCGCCGUAGAGUAUCACGCUACUUGGUGGUACAACGCCUGCCACGAGUCCAAUCUCUAUGGCAAACGGGGAAGUCAAGAAUACGGCGAGGGCUUGGUAUGGGACACCACCACCGGCGAUUACGAUUCGGCGACUUUUACGGAAAUGAAGAUCCGACCGUUGAUUGAGACGGAGCUCGUCGUCGGACAGGCCGUGAUGACUUACGUUUUUUCUGAACGCUCAAUAGAAUAUCUUUGAAAAACAAAAAGAUAAAAAGGAAGUUUAUUGCAAAAAUUAAAAUAUAUUUUAUAAACGUAAACAAAAGCUUGAAAUACUGACAGUUAGCUCUUUGAGUCAGCACCACCGCUUUAUUUUAUACUCUCGUACUUUCUUACAGCUGGGAUACAAAAUCGCUGUAAACAGGCGGAGACACAAUUAAUUUGGUAUAUCGCUACAUUAAAAUUACAAAGCUCUAUCUGCUCACUACCUAGUCUUGAGAGAUCUGACGCCAAAAAUUAUGAGUUUCAUAACAUCUCAAGCUCUUUCGAAAGCAGGUCUUUGAAAAUCUCGAUAACGACCCCAAAUAGUCUUAUUACGAUUUUGGUAGAGAAGAUUGAACACUUGGUUUCUGACCUCAUGUUCUAAGUAACUCAAAA